AUGACUGUUGUGACUGACGUAGUCCAACGUCUUCGUGCGUUCUUUGCCGACUAUGGAUACCGAUUUGCGCCGGCCGUUUAUGCAAAUUUAGUUCGGAGAGAUCGCAGUGCAAUACCUUCCACUAUAGAUAUAUCUAGGGAGGAAAUAGAUUCUCAGUUGCGUACAACAUUGGAAAUCCUUGCCUCGGAAUUUGCUGCAAUCGACUUUCGAAAGCCAGUUCCAGUUGGCUUACGAGAACGGGCUUCUGCGCUGCUUGAACGACAUUUGUCGUUCAAACUUUCGAGAAAGCCGAGCACAAUUGAAGGAUGUGGACUUGGAGUGUUUGUUGAAAACGGUUCAAUCGCUCCACGAACAGUAGUUUCGCUUUAUCCUGGCACAAUAUACGACCCAUGGGAUUCGAUUCUGCUACAGUCUAUAGGAAAUCAUUUCGUGUUGCGAUGUCGUGAUGGAGUUAUCAUCGAUGGAAAUGACGUUCGUCUGUCUCGUCGGAUUCAUCGUUCAUGUUCGUACCGAGAUUCGGGUGCUGCUGUCAGUGAUUUGAGUUGGCUAGAGGUCCACCCUUUCAACUACCUCAAUAUGGGUCAUUACAUCAACAAUGAACCAACACCACGGUUGCACAACGUACAAUAUGUUGACUUCGACGUUCUGAAUUGGCCCUUCCGAUUACGAAAAUUCCUUCCGUAUGCUGUAUAUUCACCACUGAGAGAAUUUCCUCUCAGAGUUGUAGUACUAGUUUCAGUAAGGGAAAUUGUUGAAGGUGAAGAGUUAUUUGCGGCGUACGUGUCGAAAUAA